AGACAGAGCCGCGCGAAGGUAGUGCCUUGCUUGGCAGUUGUAUGCGUAUGAUGUGCGCACUGUCAAUGUGUGCAGCACAGGAAUGAUAGAUUACUCUCAACUUUGUACAAGAGAGUAGAGUUAUGAGGAUGUGUGCAUAUAAAACGUAACUGGUCCUCUGUUUAUCGUAGUCAAAACUGAAUUAAUCUAUAAGGAAUUGCGUUCUUCUAAGAAAUUGCUACGAGACAAUUUGCCUACUUUGAGAAAACCGGCGGCGGUCACACAGCGUGUGGAAUGGCAGCGACACGACCGAUUAAAGGUAUCCUGAAAAACAAAAACAACGAGACGAACAUCAAACCCCUGCCCGAAGAUGUGCCCUCGGAAAACCCCGAAGAAACGCCCGGACUUUCUGAGGAUGACCAGCAGAAGAAGUCCCAGAAGUGGGACGAGAUGAACAUCCUUGCGACGUACCACCCAGCUGACAAAGACUACGGUAUGAUGAAGAUAGACGAACCCAGCACGCCCUACAACAGGAUGGUGGGUGACGAAGAUGACGAGGGUGCCCUCAGUGACUCAGACGGUCACAGCGCGCCUACGGCCGACGACCUAGCCUCAAAGCUAACGGCAGCAGAGAACGUAGAUCACCGAUUCAUGGGGGGGGAGGAGGAGGAGGAGGGGAGCAGUGAAGAGGAGGAGGAAGAGGAGAUAAGUGCUGAAGAACAAGCUAAGAGGUCACAGUUUCAGAUGUUGAGGAAGAUGCACUACAACGAAGGCAUGAACAUCAAGCUCGCCCGUCAGCUCAUCGCCAACGAGGAUGACGAAGACGAGGAUGAGGACGAAGACGAAGAGAUGAGGGACGUGACGGAGGAGGUGGCCACGGUAGCAGCACCAACAGAGGAGGAGGAUGAGGAGAAGGUGGAGGAGACGGAGGAAAUCCACGUUGACCCUCCGCAGGAAGCUGAAUCUCUGGACUCCUAGGAGUGGCACUCCUCGCUCUGUCCCUGUGUUAUCCUGCUCAUCUCUGCUCUGAUCCAGACGGACUACUCCGCUACUGUACUCGCUGUCCUGGUGUUGCACCAACCAGCCGACCACCAAGUCCACACCAACUAUAAUUCAACACCUUCAACAGCCAAUAACAUUGCCGGCCUGUCGUCCUUGUCUACAACUCCUUUAAAUAACGUAACAAUGCAGUGCAAUACACCCCUUAAAAAAAAUAAA